AGGAUAGCCUCGCCCCCAAACUGGAUGUUGAAAAAGAACGUCAUUUGCCCAAUCCAUUUAGCUUUAGCCAAAAUUAGCUAGGUGGUCAAAUAAUAGAUGCAUGUUACUUGAAGCAGUGGUUCUCUUUUCAGCGCGCAAUUUAGUUGCCGUCCUUUUGCGUUUACAGUGUCCAACAUGUUUCCAAAAGCCUUAUUCCGAUGCAGAGACAUGCUGAAAGGAGAACUGAUCGCGUGAAAUGCUGGCUAACGCUAGCUUAAUCAAAGCUAGCUGACGAGCAACGGCCGAGAAGGAAAGUGGCUAGCAUUAAUUAACGACGUCUAAGCCUAUCACAUCAAGCCUGGGUACUUUAACAGACUUGGCACUGACACAACAACAAGACUGGCUGAUAGUGAUACUUCUUUUCUACACAGUAGCAGUGGGUCUAUCUAGGUCAAAGCCAUGGGUGCUUUCCUGGACAAGCCCAAGACUGAGAAGUACAACUCGCAUGGUGAGGGCAAUGGCCUGCGCUAUGGGCUCAGCUCUAUGCAGGGCUGGCGAGUAGAGAUGGAGGAUGCUCACACCGCUGUGUUGGGACUUCCCGCGCCUGGUAUGACUAACUGGUCAUUUUUUGCUGUGUAUGAUGGUCAUGCUGGCUCUAGAGUUGCUAACUAUUGCUCUAAGCAUCUUCUGGAGCACAUAAUGAGUGCCAGCUUCGGGAACGGAGGGACACAGGGCUCCCAGACUGGUUCAGACAGCUCUGCCAGUGACCCAACCACACCUCCCUCGGUGGAUCGCAUCAAAAAUGGAAUUAGAACCGGCUUCCUGAAGAUUGAUGAGCACAUGCGCACCUUCUCUGACCUUCGAAAUGGCAUGGACCGUAGUGGGUCUACAGCAGUUGGCAUCCUCUUGUCAUCUGAUCAUAUUUUCUUCAUAAACUGUGGCGAUUCCAGGGCUGUUCUGUACCGCAAUUCCCAUGUGUGCUUCUCCACUCUUGACCACAAGCCCUGCAACCCACGUGAGAGAGAGCGCAUUCAAAACGCUGGCGGCUCAGUGAUGAUUCAGAGGGUUAAUGGGUCACUGGCCGUAUCACGGGCCUUGGGGGACUAUGAUUACAAGUGCGUGGAUGGAAAGGGCCCCACAGAGCAGCUGGUCAGCCCCGAGCCAGAGGUCUUUGAUAUGGUUCGAGCCCCAGAGCAAGACCAGUUUGUGAUUUUGGCUUGUGAUGGCAUCUGGGAUGUUAUGUCCAAUGAAGAGCUGUGUGAGUUUGUGAAAUCUAGGCUUGAGGUAACUAAUGACCUGGAAAGAGUCUGCAAUGAAGUGGUGGACACCUGCCUGCACAAGGGGAGUCGGGAUAACAUGAGUGUUGUGUUGGUGUGCAUGCCCAACGCUCCCAAAGUGUCAGACGAAGCAGUGAGGAAAGACGCAGAACUCAACAAGUAUCUUGAGUCUCGAGUGGAAGAGAUGCUGUCUCAGCCAGGGGAGGAGGGCUUUCCAGACCUGGUGACCGUGAUGAGGAACCUGUCCACUGAUGGUGGCAUGCCCUCUCUGCCACCAGGGGGAGGCCUCGCUAGCAAGCGCAGUGUAGUUGAAGCAGUGUACAACCGUCUGAAUCCUUACAGGGAGGAAGAUGGGCCCUCCUGUUUCAUUUGAGCGGCGGUGACUUGGAGUACAACUGGUAGCUGACGGAUACAACUGCCCUAUCGCCAGCCAGAAAACGGCAGGACCACAUUUCUGCGGCUCAACAUCCAUUAUCACUUUUUAUUUCUUGUGGGAUUUUUAUUUUCACCCACCUACAAUGCGAGGCCAACUACAACAGAUUUCAAGAUUUCAGUUUGUCUCCCUUUCCUGAAAACCUGUGUGGAUGAAUGUAAAACAUAUUUUUGAUUGUUUUGUUUUUGUUUAUACUGUUGAACAAAAGAGGGAAAUCAGAAUCAGUAUUAAUUGUCUGAUAACAACUACACAUUAUAUGUCAGAGGAGGAAUCAACAAGCACCAAUUCUUUUGCUCUUCAUUUGUUUUUGUGGUGGAUUAAUGAAAGCAUGGGAGCAGAACCUGGGACACAGUAAAGAACCUUCUUUAGAACUGAGAGAUAAGCAAGGACUUCACAGCUGGUCAGCCAUUAACAAAUGCCACUCACUGACGUUGGAAGGAUGUGGAAUCCCCUUUCUUUGGAUGGAUUUGGAGUAUGAACAUUAUUUUGCCUGACUGGAGGACUCCCACACACUUUCAGCUACACUGCCCAGUUCAGGCAAGCAGGGGUGCUGGUGUUACUGGUACUCAGACCAGACCCAAUAAUCUAGUUGCUGUUGAAAUCCUCUCUACCCAAACACACCUGAUAAAAAGACUCAAGUUUAGCACCAGAGGUCUCAUAGAUGACUGCAAGUGGAACACUCUUGACAGACAUUUUUCACCCUGUCCCUUGUUUUUUUUCUGAAUCUUUGUAUCACAGAAGAGGCUGCAUUCAUUUGCAUUGGCACACAUAAGCUCUCUAACCUACUGUUGUUUAAGAGAUGGAAAAAGAAAUUGUAUAUUAAAUUCAUGUGUUGAUUUAACCCUAAUUACCUAUUGUGUGUGUCUGUGUGCGCAUACACCUAGGUGCACACAAAAGGUACAGUACGUUCACGUAUGAAAACAAACUGAAACAUAAAAUGCUAGAGUCUCCCCCACAGCAGCAUUCCAAAGACAGGCUUGAAUGAAUCCAGCCUCCUUGACACACACACACACACACACACAAACACGUAUGCUACAGUUUCUUAUUUCCAUCUCUGAGAUGACCUGUGUGAACACAAAUACUGCUAUUUUUGUUCUGAUUGAAACAAGUUUAUUCAAACUUUGUAUGUUUUUCGUGGACUGUGGCUGUAGUUCAGAUGGACACAAAGGACCAGGGAAGAUGCUGCAGGACGGGAUGGAGCAGGCCAGAAGCCCACAGCUGUGUUCACUGUCACUGAAGUUGAUGUUUUUAAGUUUUCCGCUUCGCUUUCCAGACAUUGUCUCAGUGGCGCUUAGCGUUUGCUGCUGAGAAACCCCUGGUUUGAUUUUAUUUAGAUUAAGUAUUGUUGUUAAAUUCAACCCCAGCACUAGAAAAGAUUGAAAUACACAAACAUUUGUCAAAAAAUACUUCUUAUAGUCAGUCUUUUUCUAACAAUUAUGCACAUAGGUAAAUGGGAUACACAUGAUGCAUGUGUAUUCAGUUAUAAUAGCAUACAAAGCUGUAUGAUACACUCCUGUUUUAGUCAUUCUCAGUUAAACUGGUUGUGCUUUCUGAAGUGGCAGUAUUGAAAGAGAAUGAACCUUUAUGUUGACAGGUUUAUACUCUUGGUUGUUCUUGGUGCCAUAUGACAAAUAGGUACUUGAAUGUCUAGAUACUUUGCACUUGCGUUGUUUAAAGGAGAUGAUUGAUUUUUUUUUGUUUGUGGUGAGGGGAUGGGGGUCUCUAUAGCUGUGCAUGUUUUGUGAUUGAUGCAGGAGUGUGUUUUAUUUCUUUGUGAGUUGGGGGGGGGGGUUAAUGUGGCGAUGUUCAGUGUGGUGGAACACAAUGUUGGAGAGGAAAGGUAAGAAGACAGACAUAGACGAGCAUUAAACCCGUAGGUGGGUGUUCUGUUUCCACUUACAGUAGAAGGAUGAAACAGGUGCUCAGUCUUUUUGUUCCUUCCUAUUGCUCUUUAUAUGCUUCUUUACCCCUUUUAACAUUGGAUAGGGUUUACCACACUGAGCACAACCCUCAAUUUAUAUUAAAGUUAUAUUAGACACUGGG